CGGCCCGGCCUGGCGCGGCCCGGCGCGCCCCGAGCCGCCCAGGCGGGAGCGCGCGCGCGGCGUUCCGGGGGGGAGCGCAUCUUUUGUGUGUGUGUGUGUGUGUGUGUGUGUGUGUGGUGUGCGCGCCGGGCGGGCGGGCGGCUCGCCCCUCGGCGGGGCCGCGCGGGGGACGGCUCUUUGUGCGCGCGCCCUGCCCCCAGCCCGCCGGGGGACAAUGUCUCAGCCCCGAGGCAAGAAGAGAAACCCUGGGCUGAAAAUUCCUAAAGAAGCAUUUGAGCAACCACAGACGAGCUCCACACCACCCAGAGAUCUGGACUCCAAAGCCUGCAUCUCUAUUGGUGAGGAGAACUUCGAGGUGAAGGCCGAUGACCUGGAGCCCAUCUCGGAGCUGGGCCGAGGUGCGUACGGGGUGGUGGAGAAGAUGCGGCACAUGCCCAGCGGGCAGAUCAUGGCAGUGAAGCGGAUCCGAGCCACGGUGAACAGCCAGGAGCAGAAGAGGCUGCUGAUGGACCUGGAUAUCUCCAUGAGGACAGUGGAUUGUCCCUUCACUGUCACCUUCUACGGGGCGCUCUUCCGAGAGGGAGAUGUGUGGAUUUGCAUGGAGCUGAUGGAUACCUCACUGGACAAAUUCUACAAACAUGUCAUUGACAAAGGCCUGACGAUUCCCGAGGACAUCCUGGGGAAAAUCGCAGUCUCUAUUGUAAAAGCACUAGAACAUCUGCACAGCAAGCUCUCCGUGAUCCACCGAGAUGUAAAGCCCUCUAACGUGUUGAUCAAUACGCAGGGGCAGGUGAAAAUGUGCGAUUUUGGGAUUAGCGGUUACCUCGUUGACUCUGUUGCUAAAACCAUGGAUGCAGGAUGCAAACCCUACAUGGCUCCGGAGAGAAUCAACCCGGAGCUGAACCAGAAGGGAUACAGCGUCAAAUCUGACAUCUGGAGCCUGGGGAUCACCAUGAUCGAGCUGGCCAUCCUGCGCUUCCCCUACGACUCCUGGGGCACGCCCUUCCAGCAGCUCAAGCAGGUGGUGGAGGAGCCCUCACCCCAGCUCCCAGCAGAGAGGUUCUCAGCGGAGUUCGUCGAUUUUACCUCGCAAUGCUUGAAGAAGAAUUCCAAAGAACGGCCAACAUACCCAGAGCUUAUGCAACAUCCUUUCUUCACCCUGCACGAAUCCAAAGAGACAGACGUCGCCUCUUUUGUCAAGCUCAUCCUGGGAGACUGAGAACUGGACUUGGGAAAGAAUUGCCCUUCUGUGGACUGGUGGGUGCAGGGGAGGGGCACGUGGCAGGCCUUGUCAUGGAAGCACCAACAGAAAGUGGCCGUGUUUUGUUUUGGUUUGUUUGGUUUGGUUUUAUUCUGAGAAACCCCCGCCUCGCCCGAGUUUUUUUUAAAGGGUUCUUUGGUAUCCAUAGUGACAUAGAACGAGCUGGUUAGUGGAAUGAAUUUCAAUGAGGUUGGUAACCUUAAAACAAAAAAACAAAACAACAACAAAAAAAGUUUUCUUUGAAUGAGUGAUUUACAUAUUUAAUGACAGUCGAGGUUCCUCUUCCUAACUUGCUCCUCAUCCCCCUUCCCUUCCCCUUGAACCAGAAUUUGCUUUGUCAUGGUAAUAGGUGCUAUGGUAGUCAUGAA